UAUUGUCCCUCACUCGCCUCUAAUCUUGCCCGUAGUCAUAACGGCGAACGGAUUCACACUGAACGACUCCUGAGACCGACGAGAAGUUCACCGAAGAACUGCUAUUCGCCAUCAUGAGAACUUUCUCAAGCUUGUUUGUUAGUUUGCCACUUUUUGCGGCGUGUCUUCUUGCUGUUUCAAUCCCCACUGCAAGCGCUGACUACUGUGAAGUUAAUGUGUGCUUGAACGGCGGAACCUGUGUGACAGAAGAAGGAAAAGAGCCUUUUAAAUGCAUUUGUGCCGAAGGAUUCACCGGACCCAUCUGCAACGAGACAGAUAUUGGGCCCUGCAACCCUAACCCUUGUAAAAACGAUGGCUUCUGUGAGAUUAUCCCCAACUCCAGAAGAGGAGACGUCUUCAGCCAAUAUGUCUGCAAGUGUCCGAUAGGCUUCGAUGGAAUCCACUGCCAGAACAAUGUGAACGACUGUGCCGGCCAGCCGUGUCAGAACGGAGGCACCUGUCGAGAUCUUGAUGGCGAUUUCACCUGUAAAUGUCCCUCACCCUAUGUGGGAAAGCACUGCAAUCUGCGAUGUAUCUCUCUGCUGGGAAUGGAAGGAGGAGGCAUCGCCGAGUCUCAAAUUUCUGCGUCUUCUGUGUACUACGGGAUUCUGGGACUGCAGCGCUGGGGACCCGAACUGGCUCGACUGAAUAACAAGGGACUCGUUAAUGCUUGGACCUCUGCGACACAUGACAAAAACCCCUGGAUCGAGAUCAACCUGCAGAGGAAGAUGCGUUUUACUGGCAUCAUUACCCAGGGUGCCAGUCGCAUGGGCACAGCCGAGUUCAUCAAAGCCUUCAAGGUGGCGUCCAGUUUGGAUGGGCGAACCUACACCAUGUACAGACCCGAAGGCCAGAGCAAAGACAUGAUCUUCGUUGGUAAUAUGGACAAUGAUGGGACGAAGACCAAUUUGUUUGACCCUCCAAUCAUAGCUCAGUACAUCCGAAUCAUUCCUGUUGUGUGCCGUAAAGCCUGUACACUAAGAAUGGAGCUGGUGGGCUGUGAACUCAACGUGUAUUUGAACACGACAGGUUGCUCCGAGCCGCUAGGUGUCAAGUCACGGCUGAUCGAUGACAGGCAGAUGACGGCUUCCAGCUCUUUCCGCACCUGGGGGAUCGAGUCGUUCACCUGGCACCCGCAUUACGCUCGUCUGGACAAGCAGGGCAAGACCAACGCCUGGACCGCAGCCACCAAUAACCACUCCGAGUGGCUGCAGGUGGACCUCCUCAGACCAAAGCGCAUAACAGGGAUCAUCACGCAAGGGGCCAAAGACUUUGGCAAUGUGCAGUUUGUGUCCGCCUUUAAAAUGGCUCACAGCGAUGACGGCAAAUACUGGACCAUACUCAAAGAUGACAAGACCAAAACAGAUAAGAUUUUCCCUGGCAACAGCGACAACAACGUGCACAAAAAGAACGUGUUCGAGCCCCCCUUCUACGCGCGAUUCGUCCGCAUCCUGCCGUGGGCGUGGCAUGAACGCAUUACCCUGCGAAUGGAGCUGCUGGGCUGCGAUGAGUAGAACUCCUCCCUCUCCACCUCUCUCUCUCAUUCUCUCUCUCUCUUCUAUUUUAUACUUCCCUCCAUUCCUUCUUCCCUCAACCACGCCUGCACUGCCUCACUCUUAGCAACAGAGGGCACCAUCGCCACACCACCCUGCACAGCUGGGGACCCAAAUCACGGCGGCCAGCAGCAAACGAAGCUCAAACCCACAGCGUGACGCGUUUAGCAUUCAAUAUUUUGUACGCUAGUACGCAGUGGCCCUUUGAAAAUGAAGUCAAUGCUAAUGUAUAAUGUUUAGUUUCCCUAGAUGACCAUAUUAGGAAAUAGCUUAUGUUUUAUAACUUAAUUGUGAGUAACAACUUAUUUUUUUCAUCAGAUAAAGCUCAAUUAGAAUCAAUUGGAAAAAAAGACUGUACAUACCAAGUUACAAUUUAUUUAUUUUCACAAGAAUCUGUAUAAUCUGUAUCUGGUUAUAAAUGCAGUCAAGCUGUUUUAUAUCUCAUCUUAUGAAGUAGUUUAAAUUAGCAAAUCAUAAAAUAUGGUUGUGCUUUAUGCUAAUUUGUAUAUUAUGUAACGACGGUAGCCAUUUGAUCAUUGUUUGGUUUAAAUCAGUUAGAUUUUUAAGUAGACUAAUGCAUUUUUACAACCUCAUCAAACCUAGAUAUAAAAUGUGACAGUCAAUCAUCUAUUAUUAUUUGAUUUUAAUUUGAAUGGCCACGGAUCUCAGGUGCAGUUCAGUCAUUUGCAGUGUGCUACUGAAUUUUAUUUUUGUUUUUCUGAAAUAAAUCACAUUUUUGGGUACAAAAAUACUUAAAAGCCAAAGUGGUCUCAUGUUUUUUUUUUUUUACUAUGAUGUCAGCAAAUGUGUUAGAUUUUUUUCUUUUUUAUAUUAUAAGGUUUGACGUACCCAGCUUGGUCGUGUAAUGAGAUGCGGGACGGUGCAAAUCUAAUUUCGAGUAAUUUUUACGGUGGCACUGAAUCUGUGAUAUGAGCGUCCAAUCUACAUAAUGUUUUCGAAAUGAUGCAUUGUGACCCCCUCACCCCAUCCCAUCCACUCGAAUAAAUUUACAAUUUUUGGGCUUGUGCAAUAUGAUAUGAGUAUUAAUAUUAAUAGAGCUUUAGGAGACACUAUAUGGGCAGUAUUUCUCUGAGGUAUUAUUUUCUGAGAAGAAUCGAAGUGGUAUUCAAGGUAACAAACACUGAAGAUUAUUCUACUUAUCCAGCAUGAUUUCUGCAUUUAGGCUGCAUGCGUUUUGAUUUUCUUUGGUUUGGAUUCUGUACUGAUGGUAGCUUUUGGUUUUUCUCAGAGAGUUGUUUUCAUUGCAGUAAAGACACAUUGACUUGUGGUCUUGAAUCUUCUUUUGUAAUUUUUUUAAUGCCUCACACUGUAGCACUCUUCUUGUGUUCAGAUUGUUUAGACUAGAUGCAUUUCCUUAGUACUCUUGAAAUAUUUUCCUCAUGUUUUCAACUGUAGAAACUAAUAAAGAAUAUUAAUAGAUA